UCAUCCCUUUUGUGCCAUCCGGGUCUCUCGCGCCAGAGAUAAAGUCUGUGGCGAAGCUUCGGGGCGGCCAGUACUGUUGAGCGCGUCCAGCGGAGGCGCCGCCUUAGCGGCCGGGACCCAAAAACAAUGGCGCCCAGAGCAUAAAUACGGAGAGGCAGAACAUGUUUUGCUGUACCUCUGUGCCAAGGGGAUAUUUUCAUUAAAGAAGGUUAAUUAGGUUCUCAGGCUACUGAUGCAGAACGAGAUGGACUAGCCCCAGAAAAGACAUCCCCGGAUAGAGAAAAGAAAAAAGAGCAGUCAGAUGUGUCUAUUUCUCCUAGAACCUCAAAACAUCACUAUUCAAGGUCACGGUCAAGAUCAAGAGAAAGAAAGCGAAAAUCAGAUAAUGAAGGAAGAAAACACAGGAGCCGGAGCAGAAGCAAAGAGCGUGCUAAUGCGCGAAGAGACUGAACUGAAGACGCUGCAGACUCAGAUAGCAAAAUAAUAAGCCUACUUCAUGAUAAGAACCAACUUCUUGUUAAAACAGGCAAGAAGACAUGAAUCCAAAGAUAAGUCCUCUAAGAGACAUAAGUCUGAGGAGCACAAUGACAAAGAACAUUCUUCUGACAAAGGAAGAGAGCGAUUAAAUUCAUCUGAAAAUGGUGAGGACAGACACAAACGCAAAGAAAGGAAGUCAUCACGAGGCAGAAGUCACUCAAGAUCUAGGUCUCGUGAAAGACGCCAUCGAAGUAGAAGCAGGGAGAGGAAGAAGUCUCGGUCCAGGAGUAGGGAUCGAAAAAAGUCUCGAUCCAGAAGCAGAGACAGGAAGAAGUCAAGAUCUAGAAGCCGGGAUAGAAAACGAAGGAUUAGAACACGUUCCCGAUCGAGAUCCAGACACAGGCAUAGGACUAGAAGCAGGAGCAGAUCAAGAAGUCGAAGUCGAGAUAGAAAGAAGAGGAUUGAAAAACCAAGAAGAUUUAGCAGAAGCCUAAGCCGGACACCUAGUCCACCUCCCUUCAGAGGCAGAAACACAGCAAUGGAUGCCCAGGAGGCUUUAGCUAGGAGGUUGGAAAGGGCAAAGAAAUUACAAGAGCAACGAGAAAAGGAAAUGGUUGAAAAGCAAAAACAGCAAGAGAUGGCUGCAGCAGCUGCAGCCACUGGGGGUUCUGUUCUCAAUGUUGCUGCACUGUUGGCGUCAGGAACACAAGUGACUCCUCAGAUAGCUAUGGCAGCUCAAAUGGCAGCCCUGCAAGCCAAAGCCUUGGCAGAGACCGGCAUAGCUGUGCCCAGCUACUAUAACCCAGCCGCUGUGAAUCCAAUGAAGUUUGCUGAGCAAGAGAAAAAGAGGAAAAUGCUCUGGCAAGGCAAGAAAGAAGGCGACAAAUCUCAAUCUGCUGAAAUAUGGGAAAAAUUGAAUUUUGGAAACAAGGACCAAAAUGUCAAAUUUAGGAAGUUAAUGGGAAUUAAGAGUGAAGAUGAAGCUGGCUGUAGCUCGGUUGACGAAGAAAGUUACAAGACUUUGAAGCAACAAGAAGAAGUUUUUCGAAAUCUUGAUGCUCAGUAUGAAAUGGCAAGAUCACAAACCCACACACAAAGAGGAAUGGGUUUGGGUUUCACAUCUUCAAUGCGUGGAAUGGAUACAGUUUGAAAAAUAUCAACUUGGGACUUUAUAGACUUGUUCUGAUGUCAGGUCCUUGUUCACCAAACAGCUAGUAUUCUAGCUUGCAUGGGUGUUGCAUUGACUUUAAUUUAUUGAAAAAUACGAUUUUUUUGUAAAUAUCAGAUCAGUGAUACUGGUGUUAGUGUUGUAAUCAGGUUAAACCCACUUCCAUUAAACUUGACAGGACUAUAGAAGGACAAUAUUUUUUAGUUCAUGAAUUCUACUUUUCAAAUAUAUUAAAGCUUCGGGUGGGAUAAAAUCUCAUACAUAGAUUUUCUCGUGUCCGCUGUCUUGUGUACUUUUGUACUUAACCUUGUACAGUUAUUUUCAUCUCUUGAAACAUGAAAGAAAUGUUAAGUAGAUGUUCUUUAGAAGAUCUGGCCAUUUGGUACAUAAUCUGCACACAUAUGCUGGGCAGUGAUAAUAAAAAUGGUUUUCUCAAAACUGGUGUUAAUUUAAGUUACCUGGUGUUCUUGUUUGAGUCUGUUGUAUGUAGCGUUGAUGUUACAAUUAAAAAACACUGGCUAUAAUGCUUUUUUACAGCAGCUGUUUUAGGGUAUAAGCAAUACUACAGUGCGCAGAAAUGUAAAGGGAAGGUGAAUGGAGCAAAUUUAUUAUUAUAGUAGUUUUCCUAUUAUAAGGCAGAAUUGAUGUGCAGUAUUUGUUAGUCCAUGUUAUUCAGGAAGUAGGUUAAUGCAUUAAAGGGAUGUGAGCACUUUUAUAUUAAUAAAGUGCCUUAUGACAA